UGUCCAUAGCGGAAGUUUUUUUUAUGAAUAGUGGAAGUUUGGAAAACUCUCUCAAACAAACUCACCCUUAGAAAAAUUUAGGGCUACCUUUAUUCCCUCCCAACGCCGCCGUUCCAUCGAAGUUAGGUCUUCAGGUGCGAUCACUGGAAAGUGUCUCCGGCGCCGACCCACCAGCGCUUGCCAUCUUUAUUUGCUCCAAGGGUGGAGCACUUGGUGGACCAAGAAAUCCUCUUUGAGGAUUUAUGUGGGCAGAUAUGGCCCGUGACUCUAUCCUAUGUUGACAAUGCAUUAGCAUUCACAUCAGGAUGGAAAAUAUUUUAUAGGGACCAUGCUCUUAAGGGUGGAUGUUCCUUGAUAUUUAACUAUAUAGGAGAUAGGCACAUUACUGUUCAAAUAUAUGAUCCAAGCGGUCGUGAAAGAACUUGCUUUACCUAUCUAGUUGAGGGGAUUUCUGAAAUGGUAUCAGCUCCUCAAACUGCAGCCAUGGGAAUUCCUCAAAGAAAGGGCGUCUCUAUUUCCGAUAUCCAUAAUGAUGCAAUAAAUGGGAAAGGAUAUGGAAAAGGGAAAGAGCCAAUCAUCGGGAAGAAAUGGGGAUCCAUUCACCUUGAUGCAACCCCAAUUAUGCCGCCACCAGGAUUAAGCAAACCGAUGGGAGGUAUCUCCCUGAAAAGAAUGGAUGCCUCCACACUCGCAAUCCCAACGAAAACAAAAUUUGUGCCUGUGAAACAAGAGGACCCUAUAAGUCCGCCUCCUGGGUUUAGCAAGCCAAUGCGAUGUAUCUCGUUGGAAAGAAUGGAUACCUCUAGACUCGUAAUCCCAACGGAGGCAGAACUUGUUUAUGUGAAACAAGAGGACCCUAUAAGCCCGCCUCCUGGGUUUAGUAAGCGGAUGGGAGGCAUCUUCUUGGAAAGAAUAGAUGCCUCUAGACUCGUAAUACCACCGGAGGCAGAACUUGUUCCUGUAAAACAAGAAGACCCUAUAAGCCCGCCUCCUGGAUUUAGCAGACCAAUGGGAGGUAUCUCCCAGGAGAGAAUGGAAGCCUCUCGACCUGUAAUCCCAAUAGAGGCCGAACUCGUGCCUAUCAAACAAGAAAUUUCCGUAGAGGGUGGAAUGGAUGAUACGGUGCAAGGGCGUAGGUUUUUUAAGGUCUACCAUCGGCGGAAACGAAUAUGAAGAUUAUCACCAUAUUGAUUUAUCCGGUCAACAUAUAAAAAAUUGACUGGCUGUCUAUAUUUAUAUCUGUGUGGCAUAGACAUAUAUUUUGUGAUGAGAUCAGUAAUAGUUUGGGUUAUAUUAGUUCAUAUAUUAUAUUUAUAUUAUAUUAAUGUAUGUUGCGUGGCGGUUAUCAUUGUAUCAUAUGGUGUCUAUCUUAGAUGUAACGUGGAUCAUUCAGUAAUUAUUUGUUAUUU